AUGGAGGAGCCAUCCACGCGCGUGGCCCGCGCCACGCCAGCCCCGGUCCAGCUCCCGGUCCCAGCUGCGAUCAGGGGCGCGGACAGUGCGGUGCGCCGGAAAGCGCUGAAGUGGUCGGAGGACACGAAGCCGGCUGCCGCGAAGCCCCCAAAGAUGGGCCACAUAGACAGGCCAGGUUCGCGGCUGCACAGACUGGCCAGCGCGCAGAGGCAGCAAGCGAUGAAGCGAUUCGGCAGCCUCAAAGCCGCCCGUAGCCUGGACAGGGCCCCGAGCAUCUCGAGCUCGGUCGGCGCUGGUCCGCCGACGCUCCUUCGCGCCCCCUCACUUGCUCGGGAUGUGCGCUCGCGGUUCGGAGCGCGUGCGCCUUCCACGGCCGCCGACGCCGCCGUCGGUCUGGACGAGGGCGGAACUGGGGGGUCACUUUCGCGAGCGGAGUCGCCGCCGGGGGCACUCGACACUAUGCCGUCAUGCGCACCUGCGUUCGGGCGUGAGGUCGCGAGGUUCCGACAAGCGCGGUCCACGAUGUGGAACGCCUUCGAGGAAGCGAACUCCGUCGACGCCCUCGCAACCACUGCAAGCGAUGUGUCCGCGAGGGAAGCGCUCAGGCGCGACUUCGUCCAGCGCUCCACGCGCUUCAACGUUCCGGACAGCCCGGCGUCGUCCCAGAAGAGCGCGACGUCCUCCAAGCCCCCGAUCCCAACCCACCUCAGCGUGACGAGCUCGAUCGCCGACACCGACGCGUUCAAGGACGCGGUCGCAGCCCUGCGCCAGAUCACCGAGCCUCUCACGAAGACGGCGAAGGAGCAGACCAAGGAGAUGCAGGAGCUCCUGGCCGGCACCGCGCCGAAGAAGAGGCGGUCGACCGUCGCACCGGGCACGCUCGAGGGCGCGAAGGGCGUGCGGGACGUCGUGAUCGAGGCGGUCCAGGCGCACAAUUCGGGCACGAGCGUCGUCGCGUGGCAGAGGAGCCUGUGGAAGCAGGGCACGCGCGAGAUCAAGGAGCGCCGCAAGUCAAGGGGCGCGCCGGGGGGCGAGCCGGCUCAAGGUCUGAGCGCAGUGUCGUCCGAGGCCGAGGAAGACUCCCGCCCGCUGGCCCACACGACGGUCACGUCGGUGAACGAGGCGCGGCGCAUCGUCAACGCGCUGCCGUCGUCCUUCCCGCAGAUGGUCUUCGCGGCCCCGGACAUCUCGGUCGUGGAGGGCCACAACCGCCAGAAGCUGCGCUCCGUGCUCAGGACCAGGCCCGGGCGCCGGACGGAGGAGGAGAACUCCUUCCUGCUCACGACGCUGCAGUCCCUGGAAGUGACCCGGCUGGCGGAGGACGAGGACCUCGCGGAGAUGGCCCGCUACCUGCGCUGGGUCGAGUACGAGCCGGGCGAGGACGUGUACAAGGAGGACGACCCGGCCAAAGAGGCGUUUGUUGUCGUGACGGGGGUGGUGGCGAAGCUGCGGCGCUCCGGGCCGCGGGCGACGCGCUCGCUCGCCGUCCGCAACCGGCGGUCGGGGGCGCACAGCCGCCGCCCGAGCCACGGCGGCGGCGGGUCCCUCUCGCGCAAGCAGAGCUUGUCCCAGCAAGAUCAUGCCGCGGCCAUGCCUGGCAUGAACGACUGGGCCGUCACGACCGGCGCCAACGCGGAGGAGGCAGUCGGCGAGCCGGCCAUCGCUGCGGGCACACAGAUCAAGGACAUCAUCGAGGGCAUGAAGACCUCGGAGGCGACGCGGCGCAACCUCGACGGCACGACGUACGUGACGGACUUCGGGGGCAUCUUCCAUGGGCUCGCGCAGCACAUCUUCUCCGCUGCCCUGGGCCCGGGGUCGAUAUUGGGCGCCGAGGCCCUGGAGCAGGACAUGGACAUCGCCGCGGUCGAGGGGAGCGACGUCGACGCUGACCCGCCAGCACACGACGAGAUGAUGCGAUGCGUCACGCGCUGCGAGAUGCUCGUGCUGCGGCGGGACCACCACAAGCGCAUCUUGCAGACCCACAUCAACGCGGAGUUCAAGGAGCGCGCCUCGGUGCUGUCGGCCGUCGACGGCAUCAGAGCGAUGCCCGCGAAAGCGCUGUCGCAGGUGGUGGCGGCGUCGUCCAGCAUGGCGCUGCAGACCUCGCAGGCUUUCUGCUCCCAGAACAGCGUCCCGGACAAGGUGUUCGUCGUCAUCCGCGGGGAGGUCGAGGUCAUGCGGGCCGUGCGCGUGGCGCCCAUGACCAAGCAGAAGACCGUCGCGCGGCAAGCGAGUCUGCGGAAACGUGCCAGCCAGGCGGGGCAGUCGGCGUUAGAGGCGCUCCCGAGGCUCGACGUCACCGAGGGCUGGGAGACGCGGCAGUGGAAGGUCAGGGAUGGCAUGUACAACCUCUCGAGGGACUUCGUUCCGCUGCUGGACGAGGCGCUGGCGCUCCAGGAUGCGGUGCCCACGCUCCCCGCGGUGUCCUCCAAGUCCGUCGUGCCCCUCCUGAAGACCGGGACGACCGGCCUGCAGCACAACAAGAGGAUCGCCGAGAAGGCGGACGAGAUCGCGUCGCGGUCGCCGUCCCCGGUGAGCCCCGCGAAGUCCCCCGAGCAGACGGUGGCGGAGGGCAGCAACAGCGUGCUCGACCUCGUGAGGAGCGCCGCCUCGCUCGCCAAGGAGCCCGGCGUUGGGCGCACGCGCAAGGGCGCGAACCCGUCGAUCACGGCCAGGGAGGCGGUGUACCUGGGGCCGGAGCUGGUGACCACGCUGCGAACGUUCUACAAGGGGCCCCAGAUGCUCAUCGAAGAGGGUCUCGCGCGGCAGAAGGCCCCGCAGGCGAAGAAGAAGAAGAAGAGGGCAGAGGAUGCGCUCGAGGCCACAAGCAGCGACCUCGCCCUCUCGGCACCAUUGGCCCUGUCGCUGCGUAGGUCACAGAAAACGAUCCACGUGGCUUCCCCCGCACAGUCGUCGGCGCGAGGGACGCAGGAGAGCGAGAGCGAAGGAGCAAAGCGGCCGCUAAAGCCCGUUUCGACGGUGCCCGCGAACGUGCUGCUGGCAGAGCUGGACGCGCUCGACGACGUGGGGUCCCCUCCGGUGGGCGCGCCGCCGGCUGCGGUCCGGCGCGACAAGGCCAAGUCGAUGGCGCCCGGCGCGCUGGUCAGCAGCAAGUCGGUCGCCGCCCCGAAGCUUCCGGGCGUGCCGCCGAACAGGGUGCGGCGCGACAAGGCCAUGUCGACGGCUCCGGGCUCGCUGAUCAGCAGCAAGUCGGUCGCCGCGGCAAAGCUGCGCAGCAGCAAGUCGGUCGUGGGCGCGGUGAUGAAGGGAGCCAAGCCGCUCAAGAAGACGGCUGGGGACGCGAGCAAGUCGCGAAAGAACGCCGGGAUCAAGCGGACGGAGUCCGCGAUGCCCAGCGUCGCGGAAGCCACGACGGAGACCGCGACGGUGAGCUCGCGGAGGAGCGAUGGCGCGACGGAGACGCUACCGUCGGUGAAGAAGCCGACGCACUCGCGGGGGAAGUCCAGGAUCACCUUCGCGCAGCAAGUCACCGAGAGCACCUUCGUGGCCUCCGAGAGCGGCGGCCAAGAGGCGGAGGACGUGGACGGGCCCCAGAGGAUGAGCAGGAGCGCGGUCGAGCCGGGCGUGCUCGGGCAGGCGCGAGGGCCGCAGUUCCGCAGCAUCUUCGACGACGCGGCCGGAACGUCCGACUCGGGCGCGAGUACGGGGCACGGCAAGAAGUCCCCGUCAAAGCAGCGCAACGCAGUCGUGCACGUGGGCACCCUCCUGCCAGGGCAGGCGGUGGGGCUGUGGGAGUGCAUCAACAAGAUGCCGCUGCAGUCGAGCUACGUUCCGAGCAGGGACGUCGGGUGCGAGCUGCUCGCGAUACCCCGCGCGGCGAUCAUGGACAACCUGCCAAAAGAGGCUGUGGAGCAGCUUUCGCUGAUGCCGAACGAGGACCCGACCAAGGCGAGGCUCCGGCCUGGAGAGGAGCCGUCCGACGAGGCGCUUGCGGGGCUGCUGGAGGCGACGCACGUCUGGGGGACGUACAAGAAGGCGGUGCUGAACGAGACGCUGUCGGAGAUCAAGAAACGCAAGGAGCUGCGGAGCUGGGGGCGCCCCUUCUGA